AUGUUGAGAUUACAAGCGAGGGCUUUUUCUUCCAGCUGCAGUGUGCUGGCUACUGCAAGGAAGCAAGCGCAGAAGAAGGGUUACAACAAGAAAGAUACCGCCGCAGCGAAGCCUGUUGUGAAGAAGGUCGUGAGCGGGUCGCUUUACAAGCCCUGGAAGUUUGCGGUUGGGACGUCUAAGCUCAAUGCCAAUGCGCCUGCGUUGGAGCUGCCAGUGUUCAAUCCGGCGGAGCCGAAGAACGAGGUGGCAGUUUUCAGCGGCGAGCAGCAGCAGUUCCUGCACCGCAUAGGAGCUUUCAGGUUGGGGCAGUUUCACGAGCUUUUCUCGCGGCCCGUCUGCUACACACGCGAGGCAACGGGGCAGCUGCUUGAGCGGCUCUCUGGCACGGAGCAUCAGCGGGUCAUUUUGACCGGCCAGCCGGGCGUGGGCAAGUCCACGCUGCUGGCGCAAGCACAGGUUGCGGCAUUUGAAAAGGGCAGCGUGAUCAUAAACAUCUCCCACCCGGAGCUGUUUUUGAACGGUCGUAACGAUUUUCGGCAUGACACCACGGGCGAGCAAGAGCAGUACACACAGCCGAUGUACUUGAAGAAGCUGCUCACGAAGAUACUGAAGUCCAAUAAGAAAUCGGUACUGUCGUCCGUCGCGUUGACCCAGGAGUACAAAUUCCCUGUGGCGGACACGAGAGAAUCCGCUUCGAAGAGAGUGACGCGCCUGGUUCCCGGGAAGAACACACUAUAUGACCUUCUCUCCAUGAAGACAACCCCGGCGGCCAGAGGCAUGCUUUUCCAGGCAGUUAUUGACGAGCUUGUGGCACAAUCAGCGGUUCCUGUGUAUUUGACGGUCGAUAACUUCUCGCGCAUUUUAAGUGAGCCAUUAAGUGCGUACAAAGACACAUCCUGCAGGAGCAUCCAUGUGCUAAAGCUGCAGCUUGGCAGGAUUAUCAUGAACUUUGUGUCGGGUGCCACGAAGCUCAACCAUAAAGAUAGCCGUGUGGUUCUGGCUACCUCUGGGGUUGACAGAGAGACGAAAACGUUGCCCACCGGCCUAGGACAGACCCCGCACGACCCAUAUGCUGCCAAAUACAACUACGACGCAGUUUUGGCCGAGAUGAUGCUAAAGGGUGGUGUAAAGGAGUUCCGUGUUGAGCCUCUAUCUAAGCCCGAGGUCGCAGAGCUAGUAGACUUCUAUGCAAAGGCAGGCAUCCUCUCGGAGAAGGACCAAGAAAAUAGGCGCGAGGGAAGACUCGUCGACGAAAAGUACUUGCUGAGUGGCAACGGUAACCUACGCGAGCUGCUGAAAAGUCUGACUUUAUACCCAUUUUAA